AUGCCGCCUGUUCCUGCCACCACGCAGACACUCAUAACCCGUCUGACUGCUCUCUCCGAAUCUAACAAGAGUCUUGGACAACUCAUACAACGACUUGCGAAACUCGACUUCCAGCCUGGAUCCCAACCACUGGGCGCGGAAGAGGGGGACGUUCGACUGGAACUAAGUGCUGAGAUACAUGAGAGUUUGAAGGGGAUAGAGGAGGAUCUUGAAAUUGUGAGACAGGAAGUUGAAGACGUUGUUGGCGGCGCGAACAGCUCGAUACGGAGGAGAGACAGCAAGAACGAGAGCGAGCGGAGCAGACUUGCUGUGCUCCUUUUCCGCAAAGCCCAACUCACUGCCAAACACAACGCCGACCGCGCGAAGCUGAAAGAACGCGAGCUGCUCUUCUCGAACCUCCAAUCCGGCACAUCAACACCCUCCUCCACAUACCGUCAAAGAAAGCAGGCCCAAGGUCUCUCAGAAGGCGAAGUAGUCGCCCAGGCCUCGUCAGACGUCACUUCUGCGCUGCGACGGACGCACCAGUUGAUGCAAGGCGAGCUGUCACGCUCUAGAUUCGCACAAGAGACACUCGAACAGUCCACAGCCGCGCUCGCAGACCUUGGAGAGAAGUACUCGGACCUCAACACGCUACUCGCAAACAGCAAGAACCUGCUCUCAACUUUACUGAAGAGCACAAAGAGCGACACGUGGUACCUCGAGACCACCUUCUAUAUCCUCAUCACAACCGUGGUCUGGCUCAUAUUCCGACGUUGGCUUUACGGACCACUCACCUGGUUCCUCAUUUGGCCGCUUAAACUCGUCUUCCGCAUCGUCUUCGGUGUUUUCGGUCUCGCAUCCGCCUCUUCGGCAGCCACAACCAGCGUCGCAACCUCCUCACAGGCCUCUACAAGCCUCAUCGUCAAGCCCAGCGCAACAGGCGGCCCUCCGCGGCACAAGAACCAACCACAGCACUACGUGCGCGUCGGCGGUGGAGGACGCGGAUACAUGCACGGCGGCGACCCCAGUCCACCAGGCUCACACUCACAGCAAAUCGGCAAAAUGGCGGAGCAGAAAAAACAGCAGCAAGAGGAGGUGCCGGAUCACCCGCAAUUCAGAGAGCAGAGGCAGGAAGAGGAAGAGGGUCCGGUUAGGAGGGGUGAUGGCACGAUUCUGAAGGAGAGCGACAAGCCACGGAAUCCGAAGAAGAAGAUGUGGGAGGAGGAUAAGGAGAGGGAGAAAUUUGAGGCGGCGCAGGCGCAGGAGCAACAGGCGGUGGGAGGGGAAAGUGGGGAGAGGAAGAAGGAUGAGUUGUAG